AUGGGGGGAGUCCCGGCCCCAUGGGUGGGCUUGGGUGGGGGUCCUGGACCCAUAGAUGGGGGUCCCAGUGUCCCACCCCCACAGAUGGACAGGGCCCAGCUCAGGGUGGAGGUGCUGGAGGAUCAACUGCAGCGGGCAGGGGCGGCUCUGGCGGGGUCCCUGAGGGUCCUGCCUCGCCUGCGCCGGGAGCUGGAGGGGCUGCGGGGGGAGCGGCGGCGGCUGCGGCGGCUCCUGAGGCGGCGGCUCCAGGAGCUGGAGGAGACCCAGCAGGAGAUCGAGGCUGAGCUGGAGCGAGCAGCGACGGCCCGGAGUGAAAGGGCGCCACAGGUGUCCCGGAGGUCCCGGGGGUCCCGGUGGGCGCAGGACGAGCCCGAGCGGGAGCGGAGCCGGCGCCGGGAGCAGCAGCGGCGCCUGAGGAGCUUCAUGGAGGCCAAGGAGAGACCCCGACCCCACCUGGCACGGCCCCGCCUGAAGCCCCGAGCACCCCCAGAAAUACCGGGGGACCCCCCUGAGGGGCCAGGGGAGGAGCUGGAGCCCCCCAAAAGUGAGGAGGAGGAGGAAGAGGAGACCUGGAUGGACGGGGAGGCUCAGGCCUUCUCCCAAUUCCUGCUGCUGACGGAGCAGCACCGGGAGCUUCAGGAGCUGCAGCAGCACGUGGAGCAGCUUCGGGCAGAGGUGGCAGCAGCAGAGACCCCCGAGGAGCCGGGGGGACCCCCGGGGGACCCCGAAUUUGAGAUCCGGGAGCUGCGGGAGCAGGAACGGCAGGGGAGGGAGCAGCUGGAGGAGCUGCGGGCAGGGCUGGCAGCGCUGCUGGCCCAGCUGGAGGAGGGACAGGGAGACCCCGACCCCACCCAGGACCCCCCUUGGGACCCCCCAGGGGAGCCCCCCAAAAACUCCGACCCCUUGUGGGAGCAGCUCCGGCUCCUGGAAGUUGGGGUGACCCGGCUGCUGCUGCGGGGGGGGGAACCCCAAGUACCGGUCCUGGCAGGGAACGAGGCCAUGAGGACUCGGCCUCCCCCUCCACGACCCCCCAGCCCCAGGGAGGACCCCACGGCGGGGGAGGAGGAGGAGGAGAGACCCCUGAGCCCCGGCGAGCUGCGAGAGAGGGUCCUGCGAGAGGUGCUGAGCCGCGAGGGACCCCUCCCCACCCCCCGGCUGGAUCUGGGGGGGGUCCCGAGACCCCCCUGA